GGCACUGAUGAGGCAGCACUGGUGGGCAUUGGGGAGGCACUGAUGACGCUGCACUGAUGGGCACUGAUAGGCUGUGUACCCAACCAGGGGCGGACUGACAACUCAUGGGGCCCCCGGGCAAUAGGGGAUCAUGGGGCCCCUGUGUCCUUGCCCACACUCAAACCACACCCAAAAAAGUCUAUGAAAGGUACCAGGGGCAUCUCAUGGGGCCCCCUGCUGACCCCGGGCCCUUGGGCAGUGCCAGAGUUCCCAAAUGGUCAGUCCGCCCC